UUCAGGUGAGAACUGUAUGCUUCAUCGCGGCAUGUUCAUUGAUCUACGGACUGCUGUGCACCUUGAAUUCUGCAGAUUAUGGCGUACAAGUUUAAUACCACGCGGAAAUACCAGGGUCUGGCGCUGGUUAUAACAAAUUUCACCAAAGACAAUGGCCCUUUAUUGGAAAGGGGAGGAGCUAAGAUUGAUGUGAAAUACAUGAAAAAGACCUUCAAACGAUUAGGAUUUAAAGUUGUUUCCUACAAAAAUUUAUGCACUUCAGAUUUUGAAAAAGUUUUAAGUGAAACUUCCACAGAUCCAGCACUGGAGGACUUCGACUGUUUCGUUUUUGCUAUAAGUACCCAUGGCGUUGAACUUGAAGAGGCUGAUAAAGAGAGAGGUUUGACGGUCCGAAAACACGCCGUCCAGAUGUUUGAUGGAAAGUACUAUAGCACCAGUAAGAUUCUAGAGUUCUUCAGCUGCUGUGAAGCACUGACGGGCAAACCUAAGCUGUUCUUUAUUCAGGCGUGUAGAAUUCCGGAGACGGAGGCGUCGACAGAACAAAGACGUUCUGGAAUUGGGUUUGAUCGCGGAACCAGUCCACCUAAACACAGUGGAGGGGAAAAUAAGCCUGGUGGCGAUAAGACGGAUCAUCAAGGGUCAGAUGACAUAUCAGAGAAAGCAAAGUUAGUUACUAAGGAAGAAGAUGUGUCUGAUACUGAUAUAGAAAAGGAUGACGAUAUACAGGGAGAAUACAGACCUCCAAAAGUCAGUGAUCAGGCGUGUAGAAUUCCGGAGACGGAGGCGUCGAAAGAACAAAGACGUUCUGGAACUGGUCAUUAUCAAGGAAUCAGUGCACAUAAACCCAUUGAAGGGAAAAAUGAGGCUGGUGGCGAUAAGACUGAUUAUCAAGGGUCAGAUGACAUAUCAGAGAAAGCAAAGUUAGUUACUAAGGAAGCAGAUGUGUCUGAUACUGAUCUAGAAGAGGAUGAAGAUAAACAGGGGGGAUACAGACCUCCUCCUCCAUUGUCCAGUGCUCAGAAACAGUCAAAAGAGAAUACUGGUUCAGGAGUUCAAGCAAAUCUUUUGGAGUCAGGAGAUGUGGUGGACCCUCCUCGUGUAAUCCGUUUGUCACAGGAGAAGAACAUCAUAACACCAGUCCCCUGUCACAAUGACAUGCUCGUUAUGUUUGCCUCGCCACAAGGUCAUUAUGCUAUAAGACACAUUGACAUGGGAAGCUACCUUCUAAGUAAUCUGUAUGAGGCUGUCAAACAGUUUUAUGGAAAUGGGAAACUGGAAAAUAAUGAAACCAACUUUCUGGAGAUCCUGAGGCAAGUCACAUCGCAAAUGGCGUCCAGGACUUACUUUGGUCAUAAGGAAUAUACUGUUGUACCAUGCAUUGUACACAAGCUCACCAAAGAUAUCAUCUUCACUCGGGGAAAAACCAUGGCUCACACCAAGUUUAUGAAAUUAUAGUUGCCUAAUUUUAAGGGACGUUUUUAAUUUAAAAUAACCUACUUGCUUCAAAUUUUUGGAGUAAAUAUAAUGCUUUAUCACGUUGACAUUCAUUAAAUGCUUUAUAAAUUACUAGUAAAUAAAUUAACCGAAUUGG